AUUCACAAUUUUCUGCAAUGAAAAAAUGUGUUUCUUCAUCUAUCAUCGCAUUAUUCACCCUGUUUAUAUCGACAGGAGAAUCACGCAACGUUGUUCCUCUUCGUCCCCCGAGUGGCGAUUAUCUGCUCAUCCAUGACUCCAGACGAUUUUGUGAGGGUUCGACGAUUUUGGAUGCGGAUGACGAGAUUAAGGUCGAGGACGCUCUGGACAAAUGUGAUUCGAUAGAACAGUGCUCCUUCUUUUGCCAGACGCGAGAUAAGGCAUAUAGCAGGGCUGCUGUGCUUGGAAAGCCACGCCGGGUCUCCAAGACUGGUAAUACAAUUCCUCGGUCCUCGGUCAGUUGGAUGUGCUCUGGCAAUGGCUGGAAUGGCCUAUUUGUGAAGAAGGGAUGGAUGACUGGAGUUAAAGGGGAUGAAAUACGCAAAAUCUCCAAGGACUAUGAAUUUGGAAUGAACAAGACUGCCGAGUGUCAAGGGCUGAUUGACGUCGUCAAAGGGUUUGGAGUUAAAGAGAGUGUAAUGAGAUGUAAAAGGCUCGAAGAAUGUUCAUUCUUUACAAUGUCAUUUGAAGUGAAAGACAACUCGGUGGCAUUUGAGACAGUAACAAAUUUUUGCAAAGGUGAACCAAGAAACAUUUUGGUAAAGGAUGGAAACUUGUUGGCACAGAAAAUUACUGGAGAACGUCAAGGUAUUGUGAAUGAAGCAAAGACUACACCAAUGAGACACAUUCGCCCAUCCUUUUACUUUGGUGGUCCAAUUACAAACGAUCACUAUUACGACGACAUGUCUGCUGGAUCUCUAGUUCCUGCUACAAAAUUGUAAAAUCUACAUUUUAGUAACGGCACAUGUGCCUGGAUU